AUCAGAAAGCUUCUGAAGGACGCCAGCCCAGCCGUCUGGUUUGAAGUCGCGACACUGCGUUAUUUUCUCAGGACCGACGUUGCCUGUUUUGCAUCAUGACUUCCCAAGUGAGGCAGAAUUAUCACCAAGACUGUGAGGCAGCCAUCAACCGCCAGAUAAACCUGGAGCUCUAUGCCUCUUAUGUCUACCUCUCUAUGGCCUACUACUUUGAGAGGGACGAUAAGUCCCUGCCCAACUUUGCCAAGUUCUUCAAGUCCCAGUCGUCAGAGGAGAAGGAGCAUGCAGAGAAACUCAUGAGUUUCCAAAACCAGCGUGGAGGCCGGAUCUUCCUACAAGACAUCAGGAAACCUGACAGGGAUGAAUGGGGCAGUGGCGUCGAGGCUCUUGAAUGCGCUCUGUCGCUCGAGAAAAGCGUCAACCAAUCACUGCUAGAUCUACACAAGGUUGCCUCCGAGCGCAACGACCCACAUCUGUGUGACUUCCUUGAGACGCACUAUCUGGAUGAGCAGGUGAAGUCCAUCAAGGAGCUGGCCGACUGGGUGGCCAACCUGCGGAAAAUGGGCGCCCCCCAAAACGGCAUGGCGGAGUACCUGUUCGACAAGCACACCCUGGGCAAGGAAAGCUCCUAA